AGUUUAUCUUUCUUCUUCCAGUAAGAAAGAGUACAACCAUGGAUGUGUAACUUUAUUUAUAGGUUAUAUUAUUUAAUUUAACUUCAUCGAUUGAAUAGUGUGAAUUUUAUACGAUGGCAAAUAAUAAAAACAGUUGUUUUAUUACUGCACCUGGCUUCUGUCCGGAUUGUGGUUCAAUUUUACCUUUGCUUGGCAAAAGAGGAGAAGUUACAUGUUACACAUGCAAAAGAGAAUGGGGUUCCGAUGCUUCUUCUGUAAUAGAAGUUUUCGGCAAUAUGGAAAUGACACAUACGAUUCCUUUUAAUACUAAACAUACUUAUGCAUCUGCCAAAGAAGCCAAUGACAGCGAUGAUGAUGCAGAGGGACCAGUCGUAGAACGACGAUGUCCUCAAUGUCAAAAUGAUAAGAUGUCCUAUGCCACAUUGCAAUUGAGAUCUGCUGAUGAAGGGCAAACUGUAUUUUAUACAUGUACCAAGUGCAAAUUCAAGGAAACAGAGAAUUCUUAAUAUAACAGUGUUAUGUAUUUUAAGAAAUAUUUUUACGUAUAUAAUAAAUACAUUUCUAAAGGUUUGGAAAUGAUUUAUUGAAUUUAUCUAAAAUAAAUUAAAAUUCAAAAAUAAGUUCAAGAUCUUGUUUGACUGUAUAUGCCAUGAUUCUCUCUAUUGUCUGUAAAAUACAUUUCUAUCUUCUUUUUUG